AUGCCUGCCAUGUCCAAGCUCUCCGCUGUUGCCGUCACCGGCGCUGCGCUCACCGCAGCCUCCGCCUUUGUGGCCCCCAAUGCCCGGGAGCAGACGUCACAGGCGUCCCUUCGGGGUGCGUCCACCGCUUCCUCCGGCUAUGGCCGCGGAGUCAGCGGCCUCAGCGGCCUGGGUGCGGCCGGCCUUGCUGCCGCGGCUUUCGCCUCGGCGCCGCGCCCCAGGACGACUGCGACUGUGAGGUGCGCCUAUGAUGCCUCCAAGGAGAUUGGUGCAUGCGACCCAUUGCUCUUCUGGGACCCCAUUGGCUACUGCCAAGGCGACUGUACCAAGCAGGACUUUGACCGCCGUCGUGCCGUGGAGCUGAAACAUGGUCGCAUUUGCAUGUUCGCCACGAUCGGCAUGGUGUGGCCAGACAUCUUCGGGAAGUUCGAGGGUUACCUCUCCCCUUCCCAGAACCUGAAGUUCGCGGAUGUGCCGUCCGGCUUGGCCGCCAUCAGCAAGGUGCCUCUGGAGGGCUGGCUUCAGGUGCUGCUGGUGGCAGGCCUCAUUGAGACCCAGCUCUUCAAGGACCAGUCCUUCGGAGGCUUUGCCUAUGCCAAGUACGGCGAGCCCGGGAACUUUGGCACCGGCUACUGGGGCCGCAAGAUCAAGGACCCCGCUGAGAGGAGGCUUAAGCUCACCACCGAGCUGAACAACGGGCGCUUGGCCAUGACUGCCAUGGCCGGCAUGCUCAUCCAGAACGGCCUCACUGGCCAGGCGCCCAUCGAGCAGCUGACCGCGGGCCACAUCUCGCCCUUCAACGACGGCCAGGGCGCCUUCGCGCAGUUCGACCCCUCCAAGGAGCUGGGCGCUUGCCCUCCCCUGGGCUACUGGGAUCCCUUCGGCAUGAUGGCCUUCCAGGACGAGGGGAAGUUCCGCCGCAACCGCGAGCUGGAGCUGAAGCACGGCCGGAUCUGCAUGGUCGCCACCAUCGGCAUGAUCGUGCCGGACCUCUUCGGGCGCUUCGGGGGGUAUUUGUCUCCCUCCAUGAACCUGAAGUUCUCCGACAUCCCCUGCACCAUUGAGGCCAUCUACAAGGUCCCGGCCGCGGGCUGGCUGCAGGUCUUCGCCCUGGCCGGAGCCCUGGAGGCCAAGAACCUGGCCUUUCCCACCAACUACGGCUACCCCCCCUUCUGGGGCCAGAUCAACACGCUCUCCAAGGAGGAGAAGUCCAAGAAGCUCCUGGCGGAGAUCAACAACGGGCGCUUGGCCAUGAUGGCCAUGGCCGCCAUCGUGGCGCAGAACGGCGCCACGGGGCAGAGUUUGGUGGAGCAGUUCACCACCGGCAACCUGAACCCUUUCGUGGGCGGCUACGCCCGUGUGGCCAACCACUCAGGCACUGCGCUGCGCGCCAACUCGGAGGCGCUGCCCUGGGCCCCGGUGCCCGAGAACUUGACCAACAACAUCGUGGGGCCCUACGUGGGGGACGCGGGCUUUGACCCCGCCGGCUUCGCCAAGAACAAGCGGCUCUUGCCUUGGUACCGCGAGGCGGAGUUGGCCCAUGGCCGGGUGUGCAUGCUGGCAGUGCUGGGCUACACCGUGCAGACCAGCGGCGCGAAGUGGGAGCCCUUCAUCACCCGCUACCCCACCGACUCGGCGGAUCCUUUGAAGGCGGCGACCCAGGUGCCCAUCAUCGGCUGGCUGCAGAUCCUGACCGUCAUCGCUCUCUCCGAGUUGUGGCGCUACGAGAACGUGAUCAGCAAGUACUCGCAGGGUGUCGCCCCUGGGGAUUUGGGCUGGAACGUGGAUGCUCCCACCGGCAGCAAGCGACCCAAGUGGUUUGGGCCCACCUUCACUGCCAAGUACUCGCCAGAGGAGUGGAACAACAUGAAGCUGCGUGAGAUCAAGCACUGCCGCCUGGCCAUGGUGGGCUUCUUCUUCAUGGUCCUCACCAACGCCUCCACUGGCGUGGGCCCCUCCCUCAUUCCCAGCUUCACCCAGUCAGAGUUCCAGUCCUCCGUCGGCGACUUCAUCCCCAAGGGCCUCUGA